AAGAGUAUUGAGAAUAGUGUUUAUUUCAUGCUCCCACUUUCUUUCGUAUUUGAUGCAGGAACCCAGUGGUAAUCACACUCCUCCCCAGUUGUCUCCUUCACUCAGCCAAAGCACUUACACUACUGGUGGUUCCCUGGAUAUACCACACAUUAUCAUGCAGGGAGAUGCAAGGAGAAGAAGAAAUGACAGUUAUUUUGAUGAUAUUCCUCGGUCAAAACUGGAAAGACAAAUGGCACAGACUGGAGACUGGGGUGAACCCUCUAUUACAUUGAGGCCUCCUAAUGAAGCUACAGGAUCAACACCAGUACAAUACUGGCAGCAUCAUCCAGAGAAACUCAUUUUCCAAUCAUGUGAUUACAAAGCAUUUUAUUUAGGUUCUAUGCUGGUAAAAGAAUUAAGAGGUACAGAAUCUACACAAGAUGCCUGUGCAAAGAUGAGGAAGUCUACCGAACAAAUGAAGAAAGUUCCUACUAUUGUUCUAUCUGUCUCUUAUAAAGGAGUAAAAUUUAUUGAUGCAACAAAUAAGAAUAUUAUUGCUGAACAUGAGAUUCGUAACAUUUCCUGUGCCGCACAAGACCCCGAAGACCUCUCAACAUUUGCUUAUAUUACAAAAGACUUGAAGACAAAUCACCAUUAUUGUCAUGUGUUCACAGCCUUUGAUGUGAAUUUAGCCUAUGAAAUAAUUCUCACAUUGGGACAGGCAUUUGAAGUAGCUUAUCAACUGGCACUUCAAGCUCGAAAAGGAGGCCAUUCUUCAACACUCCCCGAAAGCUUUGAUAAUAAACCUACCAAGCCAAUCCCAAAACCACGUGUCAGCAUUCGAAAAUCUAUGCAGAUAGAUCCUACUGAACAAAAGACUCUUACCAAUCUACCAUGGAUUGUAGAACCAGGACAAGAAGCUAAAAGAGGAAUUAAUACCAAGUAUGAAACCACGAUUUUCUGAUAAUGAACUGUUCAUCAUUUCUUGUUGUGCCUUGCACUCAAAGCAGUCACAGCACAGCCUUUCCAUGAUAAGCAACUCUUCAAUCUAACAGAGAGGAAGACUGCACUGAGUGGCCUUGAAACUAGCAAAAACAU